GCAGGAUUUCGUGAUAUUAUUCCGCACAUUCCCACCUCAUUUCCGAAUGCCGCCAUGUGGGAAGUAUUUGAAGCAUCGGCGGCGGCAUGCCAGGUCCUUCUCGGCAGCGGCAUCCCCACCACCAUCUACAGCUACCAGGAUGGAGUGUAUGAGGACUUGCUUCCGUUCUCCCAUCUCCUUGUGCAGACCUUCGCGCACAGCGUCGUGCCGUUCCACGAGAAGUUCUAUCCGUGGUUCGCGUCGCGAGGUGACUAUGGACUUGUGCAGCUCCUUCGAUGCCGACCUCAAUCGUUGCCGUAUCUCAUGCGGUAUGCGGCAUGGUCAGGAGACAUGGAUCUGCUGCUCUGCCUCCACGCGAAGGGAGACCUCCUGUCGCUGGCAAACCUGUUGGACAUCGCGUCCUCUCGCGGCCACCUGGAUCUUCUCGUGUGGUUGCAUGAACACGGGUACGUUGGAUGCACCACCCGUGCGAUGAAUGCUGCUGCAGAGCAAGGACAUUUGGAGAUUGUGCGAUUUCUGCACCACCACCGAAUGGAAGGAUGCACUCGCAGCGCCAUGAACGGCGCCAUGAUGAACGGCCACCUCGAGAUCGUCCGGUUUCUGCAUGAGCAUCGCACCGAAGGUUGCACUCCUUACGGCAUGGAUGUGAGCGCGAGGAACGGUCAUUUCGCCGUUGUUGAGUUUCUCCAUCAUCAUCGAACGGAGGGGUGUACCGCGGACGCGAUGGCGUGGGCGGCGGCGGCUGGCCACCUAGACAUCGUCCGCUUCUUGAACGAACAAAGGAACGAAGGGGAUGCCGUGUGGGCCACGGAGGCGGCGGCAACAGCCGGACACAGGGACAUCGUCCGGUACUUGGAGUCGCACGCGAUGGAGGAAGGGCCAAGUGAUGCUAACGUUGUGUUUUCUGGUCGAGAUUUUGCAUUUUGAAUUAGAGUCGUUUUCAAUAAUAGACAGAUUUCGCAACCAA